AUGCCCAUUCAGAUAGAAAAGUCUGAUUCAGCCCAUUCAGAUAGAGAAGUUCUGCCGUUUUCUUCGGUUCCGUCCGAACUGAAAAUUUUAAACAAUCAGAAGUCAAAAAAUGGGAAGUAUCCAUGUGGCAGUUGCGAGAAAGAAUAUGUUUCGAAAAAUGGGUUAAAUUAUCAUCGAAAGAUCCACACUGGAGAGAAACCCUUUGCCUGUGAUCAUUGCAAGCAACGUUUUGCACAUAAAGGAAACCUGAUUCUACAUCUUCGAACUCACACGGGGGAGAAACCAUUCUCUUGUGACCAUUGCAAACGAAGUUUUACGCAAAAACAUCAUCUGAUAGAACAUAUUCGUCUUCACACCGGAGAGAAAUCCUUUAUUUGUGAUCAUUGCAAGCAACGUUUUGCACGUAAAGGAACUUUGAUUCGACAUCUCCGAACUCACACGGAGGAGAAGCCAUUCUCUUGCGAUUAUUGCAAACGAAGUUUUAUACUAAAACAUAAUCUGAUAGAACAUCUUCGUCUUCACACCGGAGAGAAACCAUUUUCUUGCGACCAUUGCAAGCGAAGUUUUACGCAAAAACAUUAUCUGAUAGAACAUCUUCGUCUUCACACCGGAGAGAAACCAUUCUCGUGUAAUCAUUGCUUACAAAAAUUUCGUGUUAUAGCUUCUUUAAAGUAUCAUAUUAUUAAACAUCAUAUUAGUAACGAAUAAUGAGU